CUGAAAAAAUACCAGCGUUGCCUCAAUCUACUUGCUUUAUGGUGAUGGUCGUUCGCAUCCUAAGACCAAGUAUAUGCACAAAGACUUUUUAUUGUUAAAGGACUAAACAUCCGAAAGACCAAGUUUCUUUUGACUACAUCCUGGCAAGGUGACUAAACAGGAAGAUGAAGACAAAGAGACACAGUAAACCAUGUUUGGUCUUCCCUGUCAUGAUAAUCUUUUCUUUGUGUUUGCAAACAAGUGCAAACCACACCAAUUAUCCCCGGGUUAUAAACAAAACCGGGAACCCCAUCAGCCAAAACCAAAGUGAAAGCCAGAACGUCACAGAAGCCAACACAAAUUCUCCUCUGAGCAUCAAUUUCAGCAGCAAAACGACUAUUUUUGAAACAUGGAAUAGUACCCUGCAAUCCUUAUCCUCCUCAAUGGCCCCAAAUUCAACAUCUUCCCCCGCCAGAAGUGCUGUUUCUGCCGCUGGAGGAUCCAGAAAUACCAGCAAACCCAAGAAUACAAUGAAAAAAGAAACAUGUGAAGACAAUAAGUCUCUUAUAGUGAUUUGUUUCAUUGUAAUAGCAGUGCUUGUGCUUAUCUGCACCUUCUUAUUUCUGUCGACAGUGGUAAUAGCAAACAAAAUGUCCUAUCUCAAAAAAACUCAGCAAGGAAAGCGUCGGCCCAGGAGCAAUGGUGACAUUCUGGCGACCAACAGCUUGUGGCCAACGGCAGCAGGAACCUGGCAGAGGAUGCCCAAGGAGACAGGGGGGACCGAGCUGAUAAUGCAGGACUUUAUAGCAGGGAGGAAAACUGAAGAUGGAACUACUGAGAAACUCACUAAAGAAACAGAUAACAAACAGGAAAACAAAGAACCAAGGUCCCACAAACCCAUUCUGACCGAUUUUGUAGUUGAGAUUUAACUCCCAGUCAGGUAAAAACUCACCUUUUGCCUUUUUUACAUCAUUAAUAGGAGGUGAAACCUUAGCUUUCAAGUAGCAACAUGAAUGUUAACACAGGAAAGCUAAAUACAGAUCUUAGGGGGUUUCCGUUCCCGACAGCGGAAACACUGUAGCAACCUAUAGAUCUAGAAGGGAAUAAGAUUGUGUUAAACUGAUUUUUAUAAAUAGUGUCAAGACCGGCUUUACACCUUUGACCAAAAAUGAUGGUGAUAGGAUAGGCUCAACAGGAUAAACCAAAAGGACUGAAGUUUGCCCAUUCUCAAAGACCAUUAGGAGGAAAAACAGGACAGUUAACUGUCCUCUAACAGUUAGUAACAACCCUUCCAUACCAGGAGGUGCUACACAGCCACAUCCAGGCUGGGAUUUUAAGAAAACCAUAACUCAGUCACAACUUCGAUGCCAUUACUGCACCAGGAACUAAUCUCCCUCAAAACGCCCUUUCUGGUUUUUUCAUCAAGGACUUCUUAAACCAGCUCAAUACCUUUUGAACCACAGUGAGAUCUGAAUCAUAUUUAUUGUGUUUCAACUUGGUGUAUGAAUAUAUGAAGUUUGUAUUGUAUGUUAGAAUAUGAGAACUGUUUCAAUUUAUUACCUCCAAUAAACA